UGGGGUAGCGGCGACAGGAAGUGAGGCAAAGAAACGGGACGUUGCUCGGUGUCGAAAUAUAGCGUUUUCCCGGAGGUUGUGAACUGUAAAUACCUUCAGUCCCCGGCUUUAGUCAUACGCAACGAGCUCGGAGACCAUGUCUUACCCAGGAUAUGGCGGGCAUGGAGGUUUUAGUGGACAUAUGGCAGGAAUGGCAGGGCCAGGUGGUCCGAUGCAUGCUGCUCCACCAGGUGCAUAUCAAACUUACUCUGCGUACUCUGGUUAUCCUGCGGCUUCAGUUGAUCCAAUGUGGAGUUAUUUCACUGCAAUUGCUGGACAGGAUGGUGAAGUGGAUGCUGAAGAAUUGCAGCGAUGUUUAACUCAAUCUGGGCUGCAUGGCACCUAUAAACCUUUUAGUUUGGAGACUUGCAGAAUCAUGAUAUCCAUGUUGGAUAGAGAUAUGACUGGGAAGAUGGGCUUUAAUGAAUUUAAAGAACUGUGGGCAGCACUCAGUGGUUGGAAACAGAACUUCAUGAUGUAUGAUCAGGACAGAAGUGGGACUGUAGAGCCACUUGAACUUGGCCAGGCUAUUACAUCAAUGGGAUACAGGUUGAGUGCUCAAGCUAUAAGUGGUAUUAUAAAGCGGUACUGCAAAAAUGGGAAGACUUACUUUGAUGACUAUGUUGCCUGCUGUGUAAAGUUAAGGGCGGUUACAGAUGCUUUUAGGCGAAGAGACAGCCUCCAGCAAGGAUAUGCAAACUUCAGUUAUGAUGAUUUUAUCCAGUGUACAAUGUCCAUUUGAAUACAAAAUGGCAUCAAAUGCAAAAAAAAAACGGUCAUGGAUUAAAACCAGUGAUUUAUAUUGCUGUGAAGAUGAAUCAAGCUGACUUAAACUGCAUAAAUGUCUAGUUGUUUUGUAUAUUUUUUCUUUUUUAAUAAAAAAAAGAGAAAUUGGA